AGUUAUUAGAAGAUGAGUUACAUGAUAGUGUAUUGGAACUAACAACCUAUGCUAACAUAAAAAAUAAUAAUAUGGCUUUAGAACAAAAUAAUACUUUAGAAUCAUUUCAAUUUUUAAAUAGUGAAAGAUUAGAAAUUGGAUCAAUAGUUGAUUUGUUAUAUAAAAGUUUUGGUAAACAAGAAGAUAUAGAAGUCUCAUUUGGUAAAACAAGGAAGCG